AUGUCCAGCUUCUCGCCACACGCCACCAACGUGGCGUUCAGGCGCUCCGUGGAGGUUGGCCGAGUGACCUACGUCUCCUUUGGGCCUCAUGCCGGGAAGCUGGUUGCAAUUGUAGAUGUUAUUGAUCAGAACAGGGCUUUGAUGGACGGACCUCGCACACAAGUAAGGAGACAGGCUGUGCCUUUCAAAUGCGUGCAGCUCACUGACUUCACCCUCAAGUUCCCACACAGUGCCUGCCAGAAGUAUGUCCGAACAUCCUGGGAGAAGGCAGCUCUCAGUGCAAAGUGGGCAUCCACAAGGGGGGCCAAGAAGAUUGAAGCCAGAGAAAAGAAAGCCAAGAUGACAGAUUUUGAUCGUUAUGAAGUCAUGAAGGCAAGGAAAAUGAGGAAGAGAUUAAUCAAGCUUGAAGUCAAGAAACUUCAAAAGGCAGCUCUCCUGAAAGCUUCUUCCAAGAGAGCACUUGCUGACAAGGGGGCAGCUGCUGCAAAGGUUCCAGCGAAAAAGAUGACCACUGUGGGCAAUAAGGCUCCAGCCCAGAAGGUUCCUGGCCAGAAAGCUGCAGGCCAGAAGGCAGCACCUCCUCCAAAAGCUCAGAAGGGUCAGAAAGCUCCAGCCCAGAAAGCACCUGCUCCAAAGGCAUCUGGCAAGAAAGCAUGAAAAUAUAAGAGGCUGUUAUAAAUAGAAUAAAGGUUCUUUUGACAUG